AUGGGUGGUAUUAACUCCGGCGGACAAGUAUAUCCAUUUACUGAUGCUCUGCGAAAGGAGCACCAGCUCUACUUAUUAAAGCAUGCAUUAUUAAUAGCAUCGGAUCCACAGCUUUCCUUGGGCCCCCUAGACGAACCACCGGAGAGGAUUCCGCAGCUGCCGGAGUACAUUAUCAGAGAAAGACUAUCUGAUACCAAAGACAGCUAUGUCCUUGGAAAGGGUGAUCAGCAAGGUGAAUCUAAAAUUGAUAAGAACGGCAGACUACAAGGCAGCAGGCAGUACUUGUUUCCAACAUUCACUAUGCCUAAUCGCCAGUCAACUCUGUACGCUUUGGUGCAUGAUGUGAUGGAGGCACUUCAAGAGAAAACAGACGAAUCUCACUUUCUACAGAAGUAUUUACAACUAUACCCACUUAAGGCAAGCGAGGAAGAGAUGAGUUUUUUGGUGAGCGAAAAUUUGGUCUCUGCCGGAACUAAAGAUAUCAUUUUCGUCACAGCUAAGUCCGUCUUUAUGCUUUUUGGAGCGAAAGUAAUUGUCGGUGGAACGCGAAUUGUUGAUGAUUACUGGGAACAGGUUGUUAGAAAGCAAGGCUUUUUACCUCAUCAUAGAGUUUUUAUCAUACCACACAAAAUCCUCGAGACACUCAAAACUUUGCGACCGAAACUAAAUAAAAUUCAACCCAACGUUGUGGAGGAUCGUACCAAUUUUGUGGGCGAAUCGCCAUACCCUACUAUAGCUGAACAACCUUCUUCGGAGCUUCGGCAGGAAUAUGCUCGUGAGUGUUCUAGUGGUCAGCACUUGACUUUAAUUAUACCUGGUCAGAAUAUUGAUGGUUCAUUGGAACUAAGUUCCCGGUUCAAAGUCCCAAAAUAUCAUAGUAAGAAUUCUAUGCAAACGGCUUUAGCAGCAAAUGCACAAGACACUCCAAUUUCUCUUCUUCCUUACCAUCAAACUGGGCCACAGGUCGGUCAUUCAGAAGCUUCGCGAAAAAGCAGUAGUCGUCUGUUAGGCGAUAUUUUGGAUCAUCCAGUCGGUGAAAAGAGCGUGAAUCAAGAAGAAUUCAAGUCAAAUGUGAGUGAGGGGAGUCUAUUGGGUGCGUUGUUGAGUAUUAAUGGCUGGAAAUUUGAUUCCCUACCGAUCACUACAGGAAAGACGGAUUCAGGGUAUUACUCAGCAAGAGGUCUUCCCUUCUAUGAGCCCGAGACGCUUCUUCCACGUCUUAAAAACCUAACGCCCAACGAUGUCAAUGAAAUGGAGCAUGUUCAUGAUGCCGUGUACUUCAAUAAAGGAAUACAAAAGAUUAGGAAGGGAAGAAGGGACAAGUGGUUGAGAUAUUGGCAAUACAAAGCGGGCAUACCAAUUGGAAUGACCAAGAGGGCAACCGAUUCAAUCUUGAAAAACCAUCUGUCUAGUAUUCUUAACCAUGUCGAUACUGAAACCAACUUCAAUGAGGCAAAAAAUAUGGAGGAAGUAUAUAUUACGAAAAGAAUUCCGAAUGCCAACUUUCUGGGUAACUCUAACAUAACGGGAUUGAAACCUCCAUAUGUAAGUGAUAAUUAA